AUGUACACAGUCAAUACUCCAAUAGAUCUAGUUGGCAGAAAACCAAAAUUCAGCAAGCAUAUGAUCCCAAAUUGAUUGAUAUUUUCUCAGUAUGUCGUGUGUUUUAACAAAUGUUGGAUGCUUCUAUGAUAUUGCUGCUGUUCAAAGAUAUCUGUUCCCUAACUGGAAGAAAGAUGAAGGAGGAAAGGAUACAGAUGGUUGGGAGGAUGCAGAUUGGUCAUGGUCAGGAGAGGAGAGUAACAGUGUGAGUCUUAAUGUGAAAACAUCACUAAAUGCUGUUGCUUUUCAAAAAGAAGGGAGUGAGGUUGAAGCGGGCCCUCCAGACCAGGAUGCUUGGAUGCAGGAAUGUUCUAUAGCUCUAUCACCCACUAGUGAGCUAAUGGUCAUUGCCUUUGAACAAAAAGCUGUCUUCUUACAGCAAAAGUGGGAUCCCGAGGAGAAGGAUGGCGUAGAUAACAAAUAUCACAUCAUUUACAAAGGAAUGUUGAAUCAGGAGGAGGGGGAGUGCAUCACAUGUGCAAUGUGUGUCCCUUUAGCCUCACAGAAGAGAUCAUCUCAUGGAGCCCCAGACUGGACCUGUGUAGUUCUAGGUUUCACCUCAGGCUAUGUUAGAAUGUACACAGAGACUGGUUCCCUGCUCCUUUCUCAACUCCUCCAUGAAGACCCAGUACUCAAAUUGAAAGGUAGAACGUAUGAGAUGCCACGCCAUGCUGGAGUAGCUGAGCAGCAAGAAGAGCUUACCAUUCUCUAUCCUACAGCCCUGGUGACUGUGGAUGGUUUCAGUCUUUUCCAGUCACUCAGAGCUUGUAGGAAUCAGCUAGCUAAAGCUGCUGCCAGUGGUAGCGACAACAUACUACCACCACCUCUUGCCUAUAAGAAAUGGGGGUUGCAGCAACAAGAUGCCAUAGUGGACCACAUCAGCACAGGUGUUGUGACCAGUUAUUCCUUUGACCAGCUUCAUGCAGCGUCUACUCUAGGAGGAUACAAUGCAUCUAUAAAGAAAUCUCCCCCAAUCUGUCACAAGUAUAUCACAACAGGGGCCGGACCAUUCCUAGGAUUCUUCUAUGCUCUAGAGGGAAGUGCUCAACCUCUCUUCUCUGAUGUGGCUUUAGCUGUUGCCAGCAAGCUCAAGUCAGCCAUAUUCUCUGCUGCAAGUGGUUGGUUUGGAUUUGGUGGAAACAAGCAGACUACAGACACGCCAGCCCCUAGCAAGACGUCAAAGCCAAGAGUUGAACCUGCAAUAUCACUGCCAAUAAGGUUUGGGCUACCUGAUGUCCGUCGUCAUGGUGACACCAUCGUAUUAGCUCCUGGUAUGAGGUUAGCAGCCAGCACUGAUAGCUUUGGCAGGGUAUCUCUUAUUGAUGUCACUAGAGGUGUAGCAGUACGCAUGUGGAAAGGAUACCGUGAUGCCCAGUGUGGUUGGAUCCAAGUGAUAGAGGAUAUCCACAGAGAGCGUACAUCAGAGCAUGGCAGUAAGAGACCCAGACACAGUACAGACAGCAAGCAUGGACCUAGGGUAGCUCUGUUCUUAGUCAUCUAUGCACCUAGGAGAGGUAUCAUAGAGGUAUGGAACACACAGCAGGGACCACGGGUAGCAGCAUUCAAUGUGCCCAAGUCAUGCAGGCUUCUCUAUCCAGGAUAUGGUGUGAUGGGUCUCAACAGUCUCUCAGUUCAAGACUCACGCACCAGACCCCACAUGUUACAAUGCUGCCUGCUGGAGCCGAGUGGCCUGGUACGGACCUUCAAUGUUCCAUUCCAUCUAGCUCUGAGUGACAAGAACAGUAAGAGGGCUCAUGAUCUUCACCUCAUCAAGAAGCUAUCUAGUCUCUUACAUCAUCGAAGGUCACUCAAAGAGCCUAUUGUGGAGCCGAUUAGUAAGAUCCUUCAAGACUUGAAACUGACUGCAUAUAAACAACAGGCCCUCGACAAAGCCUUUUCAGCGAAGGGCAUGUCAUCUGAGGAGCUCUUUCACAUCAUCCGAGUGCUGAUAAACCAGCUUGGUGGGCAGGAUCCAAGCUGUAUGGACUAUGAGAGCAGACGUCUCCUGCAGUACUGUGGGUGUCAGGUCAAGCUCAUUGAGGCUUACAUCAAGAUACAAGGCCUGCUCGGGAAGGCUGAGACGAUGGAAGGAGGAGAGGAGAGGGUAGCAGCAAUGGAAAGGACCGAAGAAGGAGUGGAAGGGAAUGAGACUGGAGAAAGAGGGGUAGAAGACCCGAAAGAAGAAAGCGGUAGUGGAUCUAUAUCUAGAAUCACACCAAAGGAUCUGGCUUCAAAAUUGAAGCAGGAUUUGACUUCUGUCGAGUCUCUUCUGGAUGACCUCAGCUCCUACCUGUCAUCUUCGGGCCAAGCGAGGGUGCACUUCGCAUCUGACUACAGCAUGGACCCAGCUACAUUCCUGAGCUGCUUCAAGACUGUGGUGCAGAGAGCAAACAAGGAAGGAAAGGAGGAAGGGACAAUGCAAGGGGACGAAACAGAGGAGAAACAGGAAGAGAAUGAAGAGGAAGAAGUUACAGCACUCACUGAGGAGCUCAAGAUGAAAGUCACUUUCAAAGAGAAUCUUGCAGAAGAGAAACGUUUGACAUUAGGUAUGUACAUGUUCAAACCAUGUUUGGUUGACAGCUGUUCUUCAUAUGAGUUGUGUGAGGUGUUCAGAGAUACAGAGAUAGGAUCACAUGAUAUCAAAAUGCUUCUUCUUCAAGUCUGGCUCCAUAAUGAGAAUGAAUUCCUGAAGGAUCCUAUAACCACCACAGCCAACCUUCACUCCCUCAUGACAGAGGUGUCUGCUCCCACCAUGCCCUUCUCUCCUCGCCCCCUGGGCGGGGUCAACAUAUCCCCUGGGGAGAUGGAGAUCAUCCAUGGUCUGCUCUAUGAGACACGCCAUGUAUGCGGGGCGGAGGUGGCAGGGAUGGUGAUGAGGAGUCUGGUCAGUGAUAUAGACAGACACAAAGGAGCUGAUUACAAAGGUUUACUGGAUAGUGAUCAGAUGGAUGUGGAUGGAGAUCCUGUGACCACGCCCAGCUCAGAUCUGUCACCUGAUUGGGUGGAUGUGAGCAUGUGGGAGGUCCUUAUUGAACAGCUCCGAGAUCUCAUGGUGCUUCAGAGACUACUGCAGACCAAGCUUAACAAGGCAACAUCAAGCCGACUGCAAAAGGACUAUUCUCGUGGAUGGUCAAUAGAGGGCUCUCUUCCACCAAUUGAUGUCACUGUGCCUGACAUCUCAGUCAAACAUGUCAUGGAAGGUGGUAAAGGAAUCUUUGCUGAGAUGGUUGCUCGAUGGGUAGCUCACUACCGCAUUCCACCAGGCUUCUUGUCCAAGUGUUCAGUUAGUAGUCAUGCCUUGAACCUGAGCAGAGAGUCAAGUCGUGUUGACGACACUAAUGUUGAACAGGAUCAUGAUGAAACUGCUGCAAUAGAACAACUACAGGAGACCUUCCACACCUUGUGUUCUCGAUUCCCACAUAGCUUAGAUCAUGAUGUGCUACAGGCCCAUUGCACGUGGGAGUAUGUUGUACAGUGGAACAAAAAUCCAGAGAUUACAGGCUUCUUAGCAUGUGGACUUUAUCAUUUAAGAUCCAUUAGAAACCCAGUACUUCAACAUGGUGUGUCAAGUAUGAUGUGGCAUACUUUCAUGGUGAAGAAAGUUUCUGCAACCACAUUCCUGAUGGACAAAGUAGGGAAAGCCCCCAAAGACAGACUGUGUAGAAGGGAUGUAGGCUUGGGUGAGACAGCAAUUGGUAAAUUUCUUGGUUUUGCAACAGAUCUUCUGGACUGUAUAUAUCAGGUUGAAGCGGAAUCUUCAUUGACUCCCAUCUUCGAUGUAGAAGAUCUAUGGCAGCAUAUUCAAGGGCCCGCCCCCUUGGUAGAACUUGCUGUCAAUCAAACCCUUCCUAAUCACUCAUUGGUGGAUGUCCACAAGCAGCUUUGUACCAUCAUGCAUGCUGUCAUGACAUUCAGUAUCAAAUCAGUGAAGGUGUUGCAGUUCUUUGACUACAAAACCAAGAAUGCUUUUUUCAAGGCCCUGGGUACAACAUUCAUACCCUCCACCCAUGAGAUUGACUAUGGAUUAGUCAAAUUAAGGCAACAGUUCCUAUUACGUCUGGUGACAGCAGCCACCUUAACCCUCCCACCCAACCACCAGUCUGAACCAGACACCACCAGAAGAACCACCUCAGAUAGGAGAGAUAGCACUGUGUCCACUGAUGAGGGGGGUAACAUUGUACCCCUAGACAACCCUAAGAAGCUCCCUAAGACCCACCUGGCCUAUGUGUGGUGUAAUGUAGCCCAGCAGCUAGCCCUAGCUCUCAGGGUUGACUGUGACUAUGUGAAGAGGCAUUUUGUGUGUGAGCUUUACAAUAGUGGUUAUGAUGCUGUAGCUCAAGAGUUGGUAGUGACCGUAGCAGAGCAGACUGAGAUGGCAGUACAGCUGAUUCACAUCGUGGGUCAAAGGUUAGCCCAGGAGUUGAUUAUAGGAGCAGACUCUGUGACUGUAGAAAGACAAUCUAGACUACCACCAUCCCUAAUCACAUGGCUCAAAGCAUUGUCUGGAGAGAGCCUACGAUGUCCCCACCCACCUAUCUCUGAUACUGCUCAUCUUGCUGGUCAAGCUGUGGGACUAUUACCAGAUACACACAACCAGUAUGCACUAGCAUUACAACUCAUUGAAGCUGUAGGAUCAUUAACAUGAACAGGGACGUACAUAGCUUGGUGAGGAACCUGAUACUACAAGAAAUUGACAACCAGUAUGCCCUAGCAUUUACAACUCAUUGCAGUCGUGGGAUCAUGGACUUGAACACAAUCAUUCCAGAAACCACAAGAUACAACUAAUAUACUUGUAUCUUGAUUAAACAACUCAUGACCAAUGAAUAUGAAUUUGAAUUCAUUAGUAGUGAACUAAUCCAUUAGAUAACAGACAUGAGUGGGAUGAGAAAGGACCAGUUCAGAUUGAAGUUGAGUGUACUUAUACCCCAUUCACACUGCAAAACCAACCGCUAAUCUAACAAAUCUUUGCUCUUCAGAGUGAUGUAUGUUUGUUGUUGUUCGGUCUGAUAGUUGGUGAGGUGUCCGUCUCAUAUCGGUCUCAAUGGUAUGACUUGGGUAAUAUUGCUUAUGUACUUAAUUUCUAUAUUUAGCCCUGUCUCAAUCAAAUGGGUACUGACAUUUAAUGUCACCAUCUAAGAGAUGUGACUCGGUAUAAAACUCUAGGCAAACAGGAGAGUUGACUACUAGUCCAGACCAAGUCACAUCUGCCCAAGAAUGUUCAUAAUGUGUAAUCAGUGACUCAAUGCUUUCAGUGUCCUGGAUCUCAUAAUGAUAACAUACUGCUUAUGGCACUGCAGAUGACACUGCUGCAAUAUGACCAUAUUGGGCCAUUCUCUCUGUCUCUUAAUGGAUAUAGAUAUCAUCAUGCUGAAUAAUGCUGUAUCUCACUUCAAAGUGACUGAAAUUGUUUUCCUUUUACCUG